ACCUGAGCCGGCCGCAGGCGCAGCCGCACGCAGCCGGGGGGCGCGUGUGUGGCAGGAUCCGAAGAGGCGGCGGCAGCUGCUGCCUCAGCGUGCGGGGGAGCGACUCGCAUGCACUGGCCAUGCCGGCUGGCUGUGCAGCCUGGCCGGGGCGGAGAGCGCUGAGCCCCUCGGCUGCGCCCUGACUCUGCAGCGGCGGAAGAGAGGGAGCCGUUGCCUUUUGCGAGGUAUGGGCUGCUGCCCUUCAGCUGGGGGCUCGCGUCUCCUGCGGCCCGUACAGCCCUUGUGCGGAGUCGGCUCCGGCUGCGGAGCAUGAGCAGGGGCUUGCCUGAGCGCGCAACUUAGCCCGGACUCUGUACUGAGUUGCCCAGCAAAGUGCAUCCUCUCCUGGGAGCGCUGCAGAGACACCGGCCUGGCCGCUGCCUCCGGCCCUGCUGGGGAUGAGCCCUGCGGAGAGCACCGCUGGCCAGCGGGCAGCCCCCGAGCCCCUGUGAGCGGGGCCGCUGCCCUCUUGCUGCCUCCGCCUUAGCCGCGUCCUGCUUUCCCCAGCACGGUCUCUGGUGCCCCGUGCAGGAUGCCGCUUGCCGGGGGCAGCGCGCUGCAGCCCCCCGGAGGGGCUCGCUCGCUCAGCCCCGCCGCCCUGUCCCGCAGUUUGUCCCGCCUGCGCGAGUAUCGGACCCGCUCCCGGAUCAUGCUGUCCCUGGGAGUCACCCAGAUGGUGCUCGGAUGCCUCAUCGUCGCCGUCAGCUUCGCAGCCCUGGCUCUCACCACCUCGGCCAGGGUCCGGCACUCCUGUCCCUUCUGGGCCGGCUUCUCGGUGCUGUUGUCAGGACUGAUUGGCGUUGUCUCAUGGAAAAGGCCUCUCUCACUUGUGAUAACCUUUUUCAUGCUACUGUCUGCAGUGUGUGUAAUGUUGAACUUGGCUGGUUCCAUUCUCUCAUGUCAGAAUGCUCAGCUGGUAAAUUCCCUGGAAGGCUGUCAGUUGAUUAAAUUUGACAGUGAUGGUGUCUGUGUUUGCUGUGAAAUGCAGCAUCAAACAUCGGGCUGCAGCAACCUUGGAGAAACGCUGAAACUGAACCCACUGCAGGAGUGUAAUGUUGUGAGGCUGACCCUAAAGGAUCUGUUGUUCAGCGUGUGUGCUCUCAAUAUCAUCUCCACAAUUGUCUGUGCUUUGGCAACUGCAAUGUGCUGCAUGCAGAUGGUUUCUUCUGAUGUUUUGCAAAUGUUUCUGCCACAGAGGUCACAUUCCACCAACCCAGACUGUAUGACUCCCCAUGGAACUAUUCUGCAUCAGACCCUGGACUUUGAUGAGUUCAUACCUCCAAUACCACCACCACCCUACUACCCACCUGAAUAUACCUGCGCACCUGUGAUGGAAGCACAGAGAGGUCUCCAUUUGGACUUUCCUCAUUCCCCCUUCAGUGCUUUAUAUGAAGUCACCAUUAACAGCCCAGGAAUGCUAUAUCCAACGGAGCUGCCCCCUCCUUAUGAAGCAGUGAUUGGACAGACCCCUGCUAGUCAGAUCACCGGUACAGAUCAGCAAGUGACUGAAUCCAGUUUGGGUGAGAGAAACACGACAGCCGGCUUUAGCACACAAGUGUCUGUUGACAGUACCUCUCUUAUGGUCUCUGAGGUUGCUGAUAUCCCAGAUCAUAGCUACUCUUCAGAGGAUCUUUAUUCUCUGGAAGUUCAGGGGUCUCUUCGUUCCACAGACUUUUCUCCAUACAGUACAACCCACAAAGGCGCCACAAACAGGAGCUGCACCAGUUUGAAUCACAGCAUUCACUCUGGGUUUCACAGGACUAACUCACAAUGUUCUCCUGAUGAGGAUGGCAGUUCCCGCAACAGAGCCUCUAUGGACAGGUCUCAAGGCCAGGAAUAUGAGAACUAUGUUCAUGGCAGAGCCUCAGACUGCUCCUCGGAGAAUUUCAGCCCAUCAGAAAGAGAACCCCAGAGCUCUGUUAGAGAAAACAAAACCACACCACCCUUGAAACAAAUGAAAAUAUGUUGUGGGGUCUUUAACCAGCCUGCUGCUGUACACACUCAGCCCUCUCCCUGUUCUGUGCCUGCAAGUACUUCAUCACACUAUGGCUGCCCCGAGAGAACUGCCCAGCAGCAUUGCAUUAGAAAAUACGGCAUUCCAAACAUAGUCCGAUCUACUAGUGACCCUGUAUCAUGUUCCUCCAGCACGGAAGUUCCCGUUUCUAGUUCUCAUGUGGCUGCCUCUGCUUGCCAGGACUCUGUAAGCCGUUUCCCACCCACUGGAAAACAAAGAGAGACAAGGAAAAUUGACCUACAGUUAAAGCCAAAGGCCUUCAGCACAAUCUCCAAAGAGCGACCGCACUCUUUAGUAGACCUUAAGGCCUAUAAAGACACAAAAAUUUUGGUGGCUAAAUUUUUGGAACAUUCAAACUGUAAUCUCCCUCCAGAAGUGCGUCACGUUGUAAACAGCAUAAGAUCUGUAAUCAAAUCUGAUGAAAGACACAUGGAAGAAGCCAUCUUCAGUGCCAACAUUAUAGACCAGGUAAUUACAAGUUCCCAGCAGAAUGUGAAUACCUCUAGAAAACGACUUCAAGAAGAUCUUCACCUUCAGAGUUGUGGUGCUCUAAGUUCUCCAGUUGCCUUCUUACGCAGGUCCCACAUCACUCGCAAUUUAGAGCGGGACAGGCCACACAGUUUGAUUGGAGUUUGCCGGGAGACCAUCCUUUGACAACAGUUUACAGAUAUGCAUUGAUUUGAACGUAUUGAUGGAGAUGCUGCUGCCAUGCAGCAUUUCCUGAAAACCAUCACCAAGGGACCUUUUGUACAACGUACAAGUUGCAUUUAUUUAAUGUACCUCAACGGGUUUUAACUAUCAUCAGUGUUUUAAUAAAAAGUAUUUCUGGACUUUGCUUCUGCAAAAACUGAUUUGGUUAGAAAUACAAAGAUUCGCUCUUAUUAUAGGAGCAUAGCUGCUUUUGCUGGUCCCUUUCUUUCCAUAUCUAAGUGUACAUAGGUUUCAUGACGUUAAGCUAAUUGUUAUCUUCUGCUAGAGCUGUUUUGUUUCUCAAAUGCCCCUUGCCCUUUUAAAUUCUAGUAAAGGCUGCACAGUGGUUUAUUUUUUGCUUUCUUCUGAAUGCGCGUGAGUUUGAUGGUUUGGGAGAUUCCAUUAUAAAUUGAGGUCUAAAUUCACUACAAAUUAUGUCCAGCAGGUGCACUAUAGACAAAGCCAUUGCACUGCUGGAAUUGCCUAAAAGCUGACUUCCAUAACCUUUCAUGGCCAACCGCUGAGCUGAAUCCAGAUAGGGCUACCUGGGGGAAGCACAAAAAGGGCAGUUUGCCCUCCUGUCUUGUUUGAGAGGGCCCCCCAAAUGAGCGGGGGUAGCUGAGCCAAAUUUGAGUGGCAUUGGGUAGUGACUCCCCCAUCCUGGCCAGGCUCAGAUCCUAUCAUUGCCACCAUUGUCAUCAACUGGUGGGUCUGAAGCCACCCAGAGCUAGGAGUAGGGUUGUGGAUACCAUUCCCACCAGCGGAGGGGCCAGAGCUCCUCUCUCUCUGUGAGGAGAGCAGCCACGCCACUGGCCUGGACCCUGGCUAACCCUGCUCCCCAUUCCCUCCCAUCUUAAACUCUUUCAUCGUCACAGUAAUUUUGGAAGGGAGGGGGGCUCAGUUU